AUGGCAACGAGCAGCGCGUCGGCGGGUACACGAUGUGCACUUGGAUUCCUACCCUUUUGUAACUGCGACGAAUCUCGUACACAACGUUGGAAAACCCGGACGAACAAAGGGUCACGACUUCAAGCCUUAAUCAAGGCUAAUGGAUAUGCUACCUUAAAUCUAUUGACUUCCGAGACAAGUGUUGGUGGACCGGAAAGGAAUGGAUUGACAACCACACCGUCACGUGUCAACUCGGAUUAUCUAAGAACAUUAUUGGAUGGUAUAGGCUUGCCGCCGCAUGAACUGGCCAGAUUCUUAGCUAGUAUACUAAGAACGCUCACGGGGAAAUCACACACUUUCAUUAGGAAUUCGUAUGACUUUGCCAACAAGGUCGCACGGCUUAGUUUGGAGAUGGACGAAGUCCUCGUGAGUUUUGACGUAAUAUCAAUGUACACAAACAUCCCUAGGGCAGAUGCUAUGGAGGUAACUAAGAGGUUGUUUUUGGCAGACACGACACUCGGGGAACGGACACAGCUCUCGGUGGAUGAAAUAGUUGAGGGCAUAAGAGUGUGUUUGAAGCUUGAUAAGUUUGUUUUUGACACAACUGUUUACUCAUAA